CGGCGCGGCACACGCUGCUUUGCUGGCACCGAGCUUGGGCUUUGUGUCCUUGAAGAUCAGCGGGAGGGUGCUUGAAAGGAGCCCCGCGGCACCCGGGCAAGUCUUGGGGAGAGGCCGGAACGCAUGUCCUGUUUGGUGUGAACGGCGAAGUUGGUCUGAUUCUAGAAUUCCCUACAAGGCUCCAAAAGUAAAGAAGAUGAAUACAUCUCCAAUGCAGGUAUCAUUUGAGGAUGUGGCUGUGGACUUCACCUGGGAGGAGUGGCAAGACUUGGACAAUGUUCAGAAGACCCUGUACAGAGAUGUGAUGCUGGAGACAUACAACAGCCUGAUGUCUUUGGGAUACUGCGUAAACAAACCUGAUAUAAUAUUCAAGUUGGAGCAAGGAGCAGACCCAUGGACAAUAGAAGAACCACCAGAACAGAGUCUUCAAGUUGUUCAGAAAAUGGAUGACCUGACUGGGACCAGCCAGGAAAAUCAAGGCGUAACUUUUUGGGAAGUAGUGGUCGUAAACAACAGCACAUCAACCGAGGAGAGAGUUGAAUUAAGGAAAACAUGUGAUUUAAAUUCAAACCACAUUUCAAAAAUGGUUGUAAAGAAUGAAGAUUAUUCAGGAAUCAGACCUCAGAAAUUUAAAGUAUAUCAGAAUGAGAUCGUCCCUAGUGAACCUAAUGAAAUGUAUGCUGAAGAGAAACUUGUUGAUCAUAAUAUAACUGGGAAAUCCCUGGCAUGCUAUGAUCAGCUUAGUCAGCUCCCCAAGAUGCAACCUUUACAGCAGCCUUUUGAUUAUAGUGGACAGGUAAAUGCCUUCAACAGGGAGACAAUAUUCUUCGCACCAAAGGAGGUUCACAUGAGAGAAACCCCCUAUAAAUAUAAUGAAUAUGGAAUAGCCUGUGAUAUGUCAGGUUUUAUUGUUGGAGAGGCAACUCAAAUAGGAAAAGAUACUUUCUACAAAGUAUCAGCUUUCCCUAUACAUCAGCAAACAUAUGCAGGAGAGAGAUUUUAUGGAUACAUUGGUUAUGAUGAAGCUUUCAUUAGCAAAUCAGGUCUCAACAUAAAUCAGAUGCCAUAUACAGAGAAAAAACCCUUUGCAUGUACCCAGUGUGAGAAAUCUUUCAAUUGUAAACAAAGCCUUACUAUCCACCAGAGAAUUCACACAGGGGAAAAGCCGUAUGGAUGUUAUGAAUGUGGAAAAACCUUUUAUCGGAAGUCAAAUCUCAGGACACAUCAAAUAAUUCAUACAGGUGAGAAACCAUUUGUAUGUAAUGAAUGUGGGAAAACCUUUUACCGGAGGCCAGAUCUCAUUAUACAUCAGAGAACGCACACAGGAGAAAAGCCUUAUGAAUGUACUGAAUGUGGAAAAACAUUUUGUCAGACGUCCAACCUCAGGACGCAUCAAAGAAUUCAUACUGGUGAGAAACCAUAUGAAUGUAAAGAAUGUAGCAAAACUUUCUCCUGUAAAUCAUACCUCACUCAACAUCUGAGAACUCACACGGAUGAGAAAGCUUAUGAAUGUAAAAAGUGUAGGAAGUCAUUCUACCACAAAUCUCAGCUCACUAGGCAUCAACAGACGCACACAGGGGAAAAGCCCUAUGAAUGUAAUGAAUGUGGGAAAACCUUUUGUAGGAAGUCAAGCCUCAGCAUGCAUCAGCAAACUCAUACAGGGGAGAAACCCUAUGUAUGUAAUGAAUGUGGAAAAAACUUCUACCAGAAAUCAGUCCUUGCUGUACAUCAGAGAAUUCACACGGGGGAAAAACCCUAUGAGUGUAAUGAAUGUGGAAAAACGUUUUACCGGAAGAAAGUCCUUGAUAUACAUCUGAGAACUCACACGGGGGAAAAACCUUAUGAGUGCAGUGAAUGUGGAAAAACUUUUUAUCGGAAGUCAGAUCUGAUUAUACAUCAGAGAACUCACACUGGGGAAAAACCUUAUGAAUGCAGUGGAUGUGGGAAAACGUUUUACCGGAAAUCACACCUGAGCAGGCAUCAGAUAACUCACACAGGUGAAAAACCCUAUGAAUGUAAUGACUGUGGAAAAACCUUUUGCCGGAAAUCUGACCUUACUAUACACCAGCGAACUCACACAGGAGAAAAACCUUAUGAGUGUAGUGGAUGUGGGAAAACCUUUUACCGAAAGUCACAUCUCACAGUACAUCAGAGAACCCAUACAGGUGAAAAACCCUAUGAAUGUACUGAUUGUGGAAAAACCUUUUGUCAGAAGUCACUCCUCACUAUACAUCAGAGAAUUCACACAGGGCAAAAACCCUAUGAAUGUACUGGUUGUGGAAAAACCUUCUGCCGGAAAUCACACCUCACUGUACAUCAGAGAACUCACACAGGGGAGAAACCUUAUGAAUGUAAUGAGUGUGGGAAAACUUUUUACAGAAAAUCAGACCUUAUUAUACAUCAGAGGACUCACACAGGGGAAAAACCUUACGAAUGUAAUGAGUGUGGGAAAACCUAUUACCGGAGGUCACACCUCAGGACACAUCAAAGAACUCACACAGGUGAAAAAGCAUAUGAAUGUAAAGAAUGUGGGAAAACAUACUAUUCUAAGUCAGCUCUCAAUGUGCAUCACAAAAUUCACACACGGGAAAAUCCAUAUAAAUGGAAUGAAUGUGGACAAACCUACCAGGUGCCAGUCCUUGAUUUGCAUCAGAGUCCUCACACAGAAAACAAAGGAGAGAUCGUAGAAAUAGUAUGAAUGCCUAAAAAAUCCCAAUACAGGAAAGAAUAAGUGACAAUUAAACAGAAACCACACAGGGGAAACAACGUGAAUAAACUUUUUACUGGAAAUUACAUCUCAUUGUGCAUUAGUAUAUUCAUUCAAGGAAAAAACCUUAUGAAUAUACUGAAUGUGGGAAUGCCUUUUACUGGAAGAUACAUCUCAGCAGACAUCCAAGUGAGAAAACCCAUUGAAUGUGGAACAACCUUUUCCAGAAGCCAGACCUCAGGACAGCACAUUGAAGAACUCACAGAGAUGAACAAAUAUGAAUAUAAAGAACAUGGAGACACCUUUUGCAAGAUGUCACAUUUCAGCAGGCAUCAGAGCAUUCACAGUGGAAAAGCAUAAUGAAUAUAGAAAGACCUGUCAAGUCAGACCUUUAGAAGCAUCAUUGAAAUCACAAAGGGCACCGUCUUAGGAGUGUAAUGAGCUUUUUUCCAGAAGUCAUAUCCCAACAGAUAUAAGGGAACUCACACAGGGAAUAAGACACCUCCCUCACCCCACCAACAGCUGAUACUGGUUAUGAGUUCUUGAAAAUCUCCUUUGAACAUACAGGUUGCAAUUUUACCACCUCCCCUCCUCAUGGAUGGGACCAUAUUGCAAAACUCUUCUUUUGCAAAUUAGUUUUGGGAAUUAAUAUUCAAGCAAUAACACCCACAUAUUUGAGUUAUCUUCAUUUACUAAGUUAUUUGCAAUGGCUGUGCUUUGCUUGCCCAACAUUUCUUCCACACAUUAUUCUAGUGUAAACCAGCUGUGUAUCACCUCAUGAGCUGGACAUAUGUUGUACGUGCUGCCAUACUUAAUUGUUUUUGAUCAGGGUGUCAGUCUCUGGUGGUUUCUUGAUCAUAAUAAUCACAGACCUGUUUUGUUUGGCCCUGUAAGCUGCAUAUGUUCCCAGGAGUCUGUUUAUAAGAUAUAGUAAAAUAAUGCUAUGAACAAAAUGUGGUUGUGCCCUGAGGUCUCAGGAGUCUUCCAGAGAUUACUGGGCUAGUGUUUAUUAUUUUUGUUUUCCUUACGCUUUGUUGGGGUGGCUUGCUUGUUUGCAAUUGAGUCUUGCCUGGAAAAUUUAUCUCACCUGUAUGAUCCCUCUUUGAUUUCAUUUAAUGGACUAUUCGCAGAUUCUUACGCAAAAAAUACAGUAAUGAACAUUGUGACAAACUUAUCUCCUUUUAGUACUUUUAACUUUCAUCUGCCCCCACUUUGAUCCAUGUUUCGUUUUAAAAACUAAGAAAAAAAAACCUCUGUAAACUUCCAUCCCAUAUUCACAGAGCCCUUUUUCAAUUGAUUGGAUUCACAUUCAGCAUAAAUCUUUCUGGAUUCCCACUUGAGGUAGAACAGUAUACGUGUGUGUUAUUGGGGAUUUCUAGGUGACCAGACUACAAAAUACUUUGAAGUGUGCCAUAGCUGCAGUGAUGGUUAUCUGAUCAAGAUUCAUCCACCUUGAGUAUGGUCCUACAUGUCACCCCUUAAAAACAGUCUCAUUGGGCCUUGUCAUCUUCCAAAUGCUAAGCAUGAGAAUGCAGACCUGAAAUAUUUGAAUAAGAAUGUGUCUGAAGGGAAACAAAUGGUUUUAUAUAUUUUAUGAAAAUGUUAAAUUACAUGAUUUAUUUUGAGGCCAGAAUAUUUUUAGACAGAAUAAUCUAAUCUAGGCCAAUCAGGAAUUUAGUCUUUUCAGUGUUCUGCAGCAAUUCUAAAUGUUUAUACCCACAAAAUCAACCUUAGCAUAUGUGAUGUGUGUGUGUUAGAAAAUUUCAAACAAGUACAUAAAUCAACACCAUGUUGAAUGUCACAUUUUCUCUGUUGGGUUCAGAUAGGGAAUGAGAAAACAGGAUGGGAAAAAUAAACAGAAUGCACUCUUGCCAUUUCAUUAGAAUGUUAGUUUUCAUUGAUGUUUUCCACCAUAUCAGGAAAAUAUAAACAACAUAGUAAAUAUCCUGCAGUGCAGGAGAAAUUGAAUUAGGAGCUAACCAAAAAAACAUACAGGAACUCAUCAAAGCCAAGACUGUGCCCAUCCAGGCUGCAAGUCUACUGGUGUUGCCACUUCAAAGCCUCUUUCCAGUGGAGAAACCCUGGAGUCCGUAGUAGCUGUUUACCCCAAUCUCCUGUAGUCACCAGGAAACCCAGUCCUGAAAAUAAAAUAGUAGUGGGAAAAUGUGUUCAUUUUGGUAUGGAUGGAGUCAAGAUCGCAGGAAAGGCACCACUGAACAUACUUCUUUCGGGUCACAUCUAUUAGAGGUCUGUGUAUUCCAGAAAUGAAGUCAGGGAGGAUAGUUGAGGUGGCAGAGGUAAUAACCCAUUCUACAAGGAGCUUGGAUUUUGGUGAGCACACUUCCCAGUCCUUACUUAUCCUAUACAUAUUGCAAUCUCUGUCAGCAUGCUGAGAACUGUCCAGGCCUUGUCAACAGAUAAACCGGUGUAAGGAGCACCAGUGUGGGUGAGUAGGGAUUCACUUGUUUCCUACUUGCUGUGAUUUGUGGUCUGGAAAUGCUGGGUCCUUGUGUCUCAGCUCACUAGCACCUUCCAUUUGGAGCUUCUGCAAUGCCCUUGGAUCUCUAGACAGGGAUGAAAAGGAAUUUAGAAUGCAGUUGGUGGUAGCACAGUUCUUAGCGUGUGACCUGGAUCUCAGUAUUGUCAGUACAUGUGAUCACCAGUCUCAUUAUCCACUUUAACACAGGACUAGUCUAGACCCAUUACAGUUCAUUACAGUUCUUGACCUAGGUGGAGCAGACCUGACAAUAAUCAUCUGGACAAGAGCAAGUGUGCAGACUGGCAUAACCCUUCUUUGGGCUUGGUGCAGGGUUGAUGGGGACAGUGUCACUGUCCCAGAUGCAUGUGAGUUCAGAGAGGGAUCAGGAAUGACUAGGGUAGGAUUGGGUCCAGUACAGUUCCUGAGGAGUAUGGCUGGGUACAGAGGUUAUGAGCAGAGGUGUCACUGUCUACCAAUUAUCACCUACAUCCCCUAUUAUGAAACAGGUCUAUAUUUACAGAUAUAGAUCCAUUGUCCAAUGCUGAUUAAAACAUCAUAUAGCCUCAGUCUUGUUUCAUCUGUUAUUCAAAGUGAGAUUGAUAUCACUAGUGGACAUGGAGCAUGAUAUUACCAUUGCUUUGUGUCUUUGCUUUGGAUUUUCUGAUUCUUAAUGUGGGAAGGUGAUUUGAUACAUUUUUAAAAAUACAUACGUUUGUGACUAAUUUCUUGAAUCCUGUGAGAUUUUGAAUGUUGUUUUUCAUUUUUGAACAUCUUGUAACAUUUUCUAAUUUCUCUCUUUCUCUGUCUCACUGGCAGUUUGGAAAAUCUGUUUCUCAUAUCCAUGCCUCUGUACACUUCUCAGCCUUCUGUUUCAGUUCAGAUCCAUGGUGUCAGGUAACCUAGUUUGGUUUUAAUCUGUUAGAUUUUAUGUUAGGCUGCUGGAGGAGCUAGCAAAAGGUCUUUAAUGGGCUAUUACAAGCACAGUCUAACAGAAUGUGUUUUGUUAUUGGGUGAUGUGAUGUAUCCCCUAUCAUAAAAUAGGGUUAUAUUUAUAGCUACACAUGUAUCUGUAAUUCUGUAAUGUUCAGAAUUUGUAUAUGCUUAGUCUUGUUUUUUCAUCCAUUAUUCAGAGUGAUAACGCUGUCACUAAAUAUUGCUGUUGAAUAGUACACUUCUCUCUUCUUUCCCCUUAUUUUCCUCUUAAUUUUGAACUUUUUUAUGUAUGUCUAUAACUGUUACGUUGUCCAGAUUGACCCUUUAUUAUUACAGAAUGUCUGCUUAUAAUAUUUUUAUGAAUUUAUGCUGUCCAUUGUGAUGGUCAACCAAUAUAUCAAGCCCUCUUACAGUUCUUCUACAUAGAAUGUAUUUUUUCAUCCUUUAACUUUUAGUUAAUGUUUCUGUUUCUAAAUUUUAAGUGUUACUGUUCAAUCCAUCUUUUCAAACCCAUCUUGCAAUUUCUUAAAAUUCUAUUUGAAAUUGCCAAAUCACUGUAUAUGUUUACAUACUUUACAUACACCCAUUCCUUAGAGUACAGUGCAUUAUUUCAAAGAAUGGUAUACAUUGCAAAAUGCUCAACUCAGACUAAUUAACGUGUCCAUUAACUCAUAGGCUUAUUUUUUUGUGGUGAAAACAUUUGAAAUUGCAUCCUUAUCAACUUCAAAAUGUGCAAUGCAUUACUGUCAUCAAGAACUUACUCUUUCUAUGUAAAACUUUGUUCCCUUUGACCAGUGUGUCCCAUUUCUGCCUAAACUCCAAGUUCUACCAUCAUCCUUGGCUAAUUGCUCAAAUUUAAUAUUUGCAUACUGCAGAUGUGAGAGAUCCUGUGUUAUUUG